AUGAGGAAUGCCCUCAAGCAGUGCGCUUACCUGGGAACUACCUGUGCCCACAUCUGUCUGUGGUUCUGCUGGAACGAGGAGGCAGAGAACGCCCGUGGCGUCCGGAGGACCCUGGGGCCUGGGCUCAUGGCCGGGGAGCCUGUGAUCCGGCGCCAAAGGCCUGAGCCCCUGGAGAGUGUGGGCAAGAGGGAGCGAGCCCCUAUCCGGGGCGGGCCCAAGUCGGGAUCUCUGCAGGGAAAAUGGAAGCUUCACUCGAGGAGACGCCGGGAGGCCUCGAUGCCAUCUGUGGGGUGCAAGUGCCCGCCAGGACCCCCGGGCCCAGCUGGGAAGCCCGGCCUCCCGGGUGACAAAGGUGCCAUUGGGAUGCCAGGACGUGUGGGAGUAAAGGGCCAACCAGGCGAGAAGGGGGCCCCAGGCGACGCCAGGAUGUCCAUCAUCGGCCCUCGCGGCCCCCCUGGCCAGCCGGGCACCCGAGGCUUCCCCGGAUUCCCGGGCCCCAUUGGACUGGACGGCAGGCCGGGUUACUCCGGACCCAAAGGAGAGAUGGUAAGACCCGGCUCGCCUGGUCCUCAGGGACAGAAAGGAGAAAAGGGCCAGUGUGGAGAGUACCCGCACCGGGAACCCCCGAGCUGGAGUGGCUCGCUAGCAGCUCUGCGGGCCAGCCAGAUAGUGACCGUGAAGCUGCUGCCUCUCCUCAACUCCGUGCGCCUGGCUCCGCCCCCGGUCAUUAAGAGGCGCACCUUCCAGGGCGAACAGGGCCAGACAGGCAUCCAAGGCCCCCCAGGCCCCCCGGGGCCCCCUGGACCAAGUGGCCUUCUGGGGCCUCCAGGACUGCCCGGCCCCAUGGGACCGCCUGGCUUACCUGGGCCUCCUGGACCCAAGGGAGACCCUGGAGUCCAGGGCUACCACGGCCGGAAGGGAGAAAGGGGCAUGCCAGGGAUGCCCGGCAAGCAAGGCGCCAAGGGGGCGCCAGGAAUCGCGGUGGCCGGGAUGAAGGGUGAGCCUGGGACCCCAGGAGCCAAGGGCGAGAAGGGGGCUGCGGGCGCUCCCGGGCUCCUUGGACUCCUGGGGCAGAAGGGAGAGAAGGGCGACGCAGGAAACGCCAUUGGAGGAGGCAGAGGGGAGCCCGGACCCCCAGGACUCCCGGGGCCCCCGGGGCCAAAGGGAGAAGCUGGCGCUGAGGGCCAGGCCGGGGCCCCUGGACAGCAAGGUAGCAAGGGGGAUCCCGGAGCAGCUGGAGUGCAGGGACCCGCUGGCCCCCCGGGCGCCAAGGGGGAACCGGGCAAAGGCGAGAUGGUGGGCUACAACGGCAACAUCAGCGAGGCGCUCCAGGAGAUCCGCACGCUGGCCCUGAUGGGCCCACCUGGUCUUCCCGGGCAAAUCGGCCCACCUGGUGCUCCAGGGACCCCAGGCCAAAAGGGGGAGAUCGGGCUGCCGGGGCCUCCAGGCCAUGACGGGGAAAAGGGGCCUCGAGGCAAACCCGGAGACAUGGGCCCGCCCGGUCCCCAAGGCCCCCCGGGAAAGGCCGGGCCUGCAGGCACCAAGGGAGAAGGCGGAGAGACGGGGAGCCCAGGAGAGAAGGGGGCCAAGGGGGAGCCGGGCCAGGCGGGCUCUCCGGGUCUGGAUGGCCCAACUGGGGAGAAAGGAGAACCAGGCAGCCCAGGCAGACCAGGGGCCACAGGGCUGCCCGGCCCCAUCGGGCUGCCGGGAUUCACGGGAGAGAAAGGAGAGCCCGGGGAGAAGGGGGACUCAGGAGCAGAGCUUCCUGGGCCACCUGGGCCAGAAGGGCCUCCCGGACCUCCGGGCCUCCAGGGCGUUCCUGGACCAAAGGGGGAAGUGGGACUGGAAGGAGCGAAGGGAGAGCAAGGCAUCCAGGGAGAAAAAGGAGACCGAGGGGCGCUGGGCCUCCCCGGUACUCCGGGACCAACUGGAGUUCCAGGCCCAGUGGGACCAAAGGGAGAGAGGGGCAGCAAAGGUGACCCUGGGAUGACAGGACCAAUGGGAGCAGCCGGGCUUCCUGGUUUACACGGACCACCUGGGGACAAAGGAAACCGGGGACACCGAGGUUUUAAAGGCGAGAAAGGGGAGCCAGGGCUACCUGGGCUGGACGGACUGGAUGCCCCGUGCCCAUUGGGCGAAGACGGCUUACCCGUCCAGGGCUGCUGGAACAAGAUGGCUGUCCACGGCAUUAAGAAGUGA